AUGAGCUCAGAGAAGCCAAACUUUCUGUCGCAGCCGAUAGUGAAGAAUGUUUUCAUGUACAGGAAUGGAGAUCCUUACUACGAAGCACGACGGAUUGUGAUCAACCAGAAGAGGGUGUCCAACUUUGAGACUUUGCUGAGAGAGGUGACCGGAGGGAUACAGGCGCCGUUUGGAGCGGUGAGAAACAUCUACACGCCAAGAGGGGGGCACAAGGUGGACUGUUUGGAGAGCCUGCAGAGCGGGGAGCAAUACGUGGCUGCAGGGAGGGAGAAAUUCAAAAGGCUUGAUUACCUACAGAUUGGCUCAAGAAAGAGGAGACUGAUGCAGACUCUUCCAGUGCAGGCCAAGCCGCUGCCACCUAAUCGAAUAAUCGUGUCAGCUCGAUUCCUGAAACCCAUCAAAGAGCCAUGCACGAUAUUCGUGGUAGCAAAUGGGGAUGUUUUGAACCCUGCGGUGAGGCUGUUGAUCCACCAAAGGAUGCUCAGUCAGUUCGACAAAAUCCUUGAGAUGAUCACGGAGAAGAUGGGCUUGAGAGUCCUGGGUGGAGUACGAAGUCUGUACACCUAUGAAGGCAACCAGGUGACUGAUGGGAAUCAGUUGGAGAGCGGGCAGCUUUAUGUGGCUGCAGGGAGAGAAAGGUUUAAGAAGCUGCCGUACAGUGAUUUACUUUUCACCAAACCUAGAGGGACGAGGAGGGUCAAUGGAAUAAAAGCUCACUCUCUACCGCCCAUCUACAGAUUCUCCAAGCAAAAUGGAAAUGCGAAGUCAACAGUCCGAUGCAGCGAUAGUGGAGAUGGAGACUCUAAGGCCUCUCCUCCAGCUCAUACUGGAAACAACAAAGAGCAUCUGUCCUCCAUCGUCAGAGAGAUCUCUCAGGCUAGACUCAUCUCUCUCAGGAAGAAGAGAAGUGGACAAAGCAUGACACUCGGCAUCGCUGACAACGAUGAGCUGGAAUCAAAGGCUGAUGAUGGAAACACUGAGGACAAAACCCCUCAAGACCAGCCAGCAGAAGAGAAACCUGCUGCUGAUGAUACAAAAGCUGCAGAGGAGAAAGAAGAGGAGAAGGAGGAGGCUGCUGCUGAUAAAAACACCACAGAAGAAGACACUUCAGCCAGUGCAGAACAGAAGGAAAACCAGGAGACAAACAGCGAUAAAGAGGAUAAAAAAGAGGGUGAAGAAACUGCAGGAGUUGAAGAGAAAGAGGAAGAGGAAGAAAUAAAGGGCGAGGUCACAGAUGAGGGUAAGGAGGAGGUGAAGAGUGAGGUGCAGGGGUCCGAGAGUAACAGUGAUAAGACUCAGGAAAGCGAGGAGAAAGAGGAUGGAAGCCAUAGAUCUUCUGAGGGUGAAAACAAUGAGCACGACACGAACGAGGAAGAAGAGAAGCAAGAUAAAGACAGCAGAAAGGGGGAGAAGAAAAGUAAGGACCAAGUUAAUGAUGUAGACACGGGGGAGAAAGAGAAGGAGACAGAAAACAGCAGUGACCCGGAGCAGACCCGGUCAGAUAACGACACAAAGGAGAGCGAUAAGAGAAGGAGCAGCAGUAGCAACAGUAACCAGGAAGACGAUGCGAGCAAAACCAAGGAGGCAGCAACCAAAGAAAAGAAAGAAGAGGAGAGAAAGAUGAAUGGAGAGGUCAGUGGAGAGGAUGACGAGGUGGAGAGUGAGGCAGAGCUGGAUGUAGAGGGGAAAAACGAAGCCAGCCGUAAAGAUGCCACAUCAAAUGAAGGGAAAGAGAAGGCAGAUGAUGAGGAGAGUGAGGGUAAGAGUAAGAAAGAGAAGGAUUAG